AUGGGCAAUUUCGGACAAAGAUCAUUUUCCUUCUCUUCUCUCCUCUCUCUCACUCAUCGCUUUCUCUCCCCCUGCCGAUCUACCUCCGCCGGAGAUCUCACAGCAUGGAAAAGCUCACUAGUGAAGGACACGAAUUUCACCUUCGCAAAAUGUCAGACCACGGAUCCGACCAUAUCUACGGCGCCGGUACCUUCUCAAAGAUGCUCAAAGACGGCGGUCGACUUCUUUGGAGGUGACCUUGGAAGACCGUCGCUGUCACCGGAUCUCUCAAGCUCUCUUCCAUCAUCGCAGAUACUCGCCGCCACAGAUCCGUCGCCGAUUUCUUUGACGGAGAUGUCAGAUCUGACGGAUAAUGUCGGUGGCGGAGUGGCUGUGUCGGAGUUUACGAUCUUGCAGAUUGGAAAUGCCGUCUAUAAAUAUUGAAAUUGUAAAGAAUGUUCGUAGAGGCACUCUGAUGUAUCCUCUUUGGCGUGGUGAUAAAAUCAGAAGGUAUUUACACCAUAUGUUCUGGAUUGUUUUAGAUUUUUACUAGCUAUUGCGGCAGGUGAUAAUUUUAUAUUAUACAGAAAAGUGACGGAGAAGUGAUAAU